AUGGAUUCUGAUCAGCUGAAGGCGUAUUACAGAAAGCUGUUGCCGUUGGAUGUGAUUUUCAAGUGCCUGGGAAUAAAUGAGUGCCGAGAAGUCUCGUUUGGAACACUCUCUGGAUCUUAUAUACGGUUCCUCAGUUUUGGAUCUGUAGAUGAGUUUAGGAAGAAGCUGAUGAGUAUUGUUCCUGAACGAAUAGACAUUGGGGCGGUGUACAAGGGUCGUCCUGCUAAGCAUAACUGCCCAAGAGUUGCUAGUAAGGAGCUUGUAUUUGAUAUUGAUUUGACGGAUUAUCCCAGGAGUUGUUGUAAUGAAAAGGCUGUUUGCGAGCAGUGCUUUGCGCUUGUGAAGGCAGCAAUCAAGAUACUCGAUUAUUCUCUGCAUCACGAGUUUGGCUUCCACAAGAUUGGAUUUGUGUUUUCUGGAAGGCGUGGAGUGCAUUGCUGGGUGUUUGAUGAGGCAGCGCAAAUGCUGAGUGAUGCAGAACGAGGUGAAAUCGUGAAGUACUAUGACAGUGUUAUUAGUAACAAAGAAUAUCCUGAGCAAUAUGUAAAAAUAUUACGUGAGUGUAUUAUGCAUACCGAGAGCAAAGAACUUGACGAGGCAUGUAUGGAUGAUGCAGAGAUGUUUGAGAAGAUGUAUCUGAGGAUAGAUCGAGAUGUGACGCAGCGGAGAAGACAUUUGAUCAAGAUGCCGUUUUCUGUGCAUCCGAGUACUCUUGUAAUAUCGGUACCGAUAGAUGCUCGGAAUGUUGAUGCAAUCAAGCUGGAUGAAUUUCCCAAAUUGAAGGAUGUGUUAGAGUCACCUGAGGUGCUUGAUCCUUAUAUUGCGAUUGCACAAUCGUGGAUUGAGAGAAAUGAUAUAUGA